AUGAUAUAUUUCAACAGUGAUCCUUUCUUGAAGUACCGGCCAUUUCCGGAAACUACAGAUGAUCUAUUUCUUCAACAUUGGCACGAAUUAGCAGUGGCUACUAUAUUCUAUUUUUCUAUAACAUGGCUUGCCCCAAUACUAAAUAACAGAAUAUUCGGAUCAUAUUACAGGACCCUUGAGAAUAAAAAGCUUAAAUCAGACUUUGAUGUUCAUAUUACAUCAUUUACCCAGGCAAUUGUCGCUAUUUUGCUAUGCAUUCCCAUGUUUGCACACCCACUGUUUCGUGAAAAUCCGAUAUUUGGAACAUAUGAUUUUGCAGGUCUUGCAUGCGCUUUAACAUGUGGUUAUUUUAUUUGGGAUUUGGUAUACUGUUGCAUCUACCACUUUGAUCUUUAUGGUUACCAAUAUCUAUUUCAUGCUACUGGUUCUCUUAUCGUUUUCACCACCACUUUUAGGGGAUACUGCCAGCCAUUAAUCCCCGCAUUCCUUAUCUUUGAGUUAAGCACACCAUUUGUCAAUUUAUUUUGGUUUUUCACACGUGGACCCAAAGACCUUAUCAACGAGAAGGCUUUCAUGAUUAACGGAGCAUUUUUAAUUAUUACUUUCUUUUUAACAAGAUGCGUUUGGGGAGUCUAUGCAUCAUGCAAAGCUUUCAAAAUGUGCUUGACCGUUAAAGACCAACUCCCAGCCAUUUUUAUCCCUCUUGUGUUUGGCUUGAAUGUUGGCUUCAACUGUUUGAACUUUUUCUGGUUUAGCAAAAUGGCAAAACUCGCAAAGAGAGCAAUUACCAGUGGUGUUAAGAAGAAUGAGUGA